UUUUAGAUAUUUUAGCACCUUAAUGGGAAAACCUUUAAACAACCGUUUAAUCGUCUGUACGUACCCGCCACCCCUGCUCUCUCUUCAGACGAUACGUCCUGUAGUCUAUAGAGGCAACGGCAGCGGCGGUGAUUUCAUUGGGAGCAGAUUUCUUUUCGGGGUUUUCCGCCCAGCUAUCCUUUUAGGUGGCUCCUUUUUCUUCAUAUAGUGAGGCGGAAGGCUGUGAACUAUUCUAGUUUCCAUGGCUACUGAAACAGCUAUUCAAGAUCCAAGAAAACAUGCUUUGGAGGCAUUGAAGCGGAGGUUUGCCUUUGUCGAGGCUGAUCUGCUACAACAAAAGAACAAAAAGAGUAUAAAAGAAGGAGAUGGAAAAGAACCUCAUAGGACAACUUCUUUAGCAGGUAAAACUGAUGCAGCAGUCACUCCCUCAUUUGGUGCUCAACACAAGAGAGAUCCUGAAGAAAAUGCUCCAGCAUAUUUGCAGCUCUCUCAAGCUGUACAUGAGAAUCUGCUGUCAACCAAUAUUAAGCUUUCUAGUAGAAAAGGAGACAUGGUCGAUAAGAUUUUACACGAGCUUCUUCAGAAUGGUGAUAUGGCUCAGAAGUACAUGCAGAAGUCCAGAAAAAUAAAUAUUGACCAUUUCGUCCUUCUUGAUAAUUAUGUACAAGGACGUGGUGUAUCUACUGGUUCUCAUAUCAGGGCUUUGCGGAUGCAUUCAAAGCGUUCUAAAAAGCACAUGUCCGUGAAACAACAUAAAAAAUGUGGAUCAUUUGAUUUGCCCCAAGAGCUUCAUAAGUAUGAUGUUUUUAGGCCUAUGCAUGAAAUGUGGAAAGGCUACAUGAUGCAACUGCUUGAAACUGUCGGGAAAAAUCAGUUGGCUCAGUGUCUUCUCAACGCAGAUCUACAUGGUGCUUUCAUUCUAGUUGCUGAGUGUAAAGCAACUUCUUUCACAGGAGUAAGCGGCAUUAUGAUUCGUGAAACUGCAGAAACAUUUGGGAUAAUUACACAAGAUGGUGUAUUCCGAGUUGUGCCCAAAAAGAUUUCUGUCUUUAUUUUCCAAGUUGAUUGCUGGAAAGUUACAUUGCAUGGGGACAAACUCACUUCAAGAAAUUUGGGCUUGUGAUCUUGAUAUUCAUCAUUGCAUCCAAGUCCAGAAACUCAGAGAAUUGAUUUAGGUCCAACUUUGAUGGAGCUACAGGAAAGCACAAAAUGUGUAUCAAGCAAUAUCAGUGAUGGCCCCAUUCUGAGAUUCAUUAAGAUCAAGUUCUAUGAAAAUAUAGAAUCUAGCGGCAGCUAAGACAGUUUGGUUUUUCUUUUUAGACAGAAAACUAUGACAAGAAGGACAAACCUAUCUUCAAGGUGAUUGCACUGCCAGGUGGUCUAUCCUGUUCUUUCAUUUAUAUGUUGUGCUUGACAGUACAAAAUAGGCAUGAGAAAUGCUGUUUAUGAUCGGUCUGGAAAAACUUACUUAACUUUUAAUAUUUAUUUCUCUUUAUAUUUAAGUGAUUUUAAAGGAUGUGUUUUUGGUCAA